AGGCAUGAGGACUUGAAGCAGAUGUUAGAUAAUAACAAGGAUAGCAUGAAAUUGGAAGCUAUGAAGAGAAUUAUAGGGAUGGUAGCAAAAGGCAAGGAUGCAUCUGAUCUCUUUCCAGCUGUUGUCAAGAAUGUUGUCUCCAAGAACAUUGAAGUCAAGAAAUUAGUGUACGUCUACCUGACUCGUUAUGCAGAGGAGCAGCAAGACCUUGCACUCCUAUCCAUAAGUACCUUCCAAAGGGCAUUGAAGGACCCAAACCAGCUAAUUCGCGGCAGUGCAUUGAGAGUUCUGUCCAGCAUUCGAGUGCCGAUGAUCGUUCCCAUCAUGAUGCUGGCCAUCAAGGAGUCAGUUUCAGAUAUGUCUCCUUACGUCAGGAAGACUGCUGCCCACGCCAUCCCGAAGCUCUACAGCCUUGAUCCUGAGCAAAAAGAUUUACUGAUUGAAGUUAUUGAGAAAUUAUUGGCAGAUAAAACAACAUUAGUAGCAGGCAGUGCCAUCCAGGCAUUUGAAGAAGUCUGCCCAGAAAGGAUCGAUUUGAUUCAUAAGAAUUACAGAAAGCUGUGCAAUCUGCUUGUCGAUGUUGAGGAGUGGGGGCAGGUUGUCAUAAUCAACAUGUUAACUCGAUACUGCAGACUUCAAUUUGUCAACCCAAACCAGGCUGAACCCCUAGAUGAAAAUGAUCAAAAAGCAUUUUAUGGUUCAAGCGACGAAUCAGAUAAGGAGGGUAGUAGGAAGAAAAAAUCAGCCAGCCAAUCAGAAGAGAAGAAAACCUGUCAAUCAUAUGUCAUGGACCCUGAUCACAGACUGCUUCUCAGGACAUGUAGACCCCUGUUGAACAGUCGAAAUGCUGCUGUAGUAAUGGCGGUGGCUCAGUUGUACCAUCACUGUGCCCCAAAGUCAGAAGUUUCCACCAUUGCGAAGGCUCUUAUUCGUCUGCUCAGGGGCCACAAGGAGGUGCAGUACGUUGUAUUGACCAAUAUCGCUUCCAUGUCUGUCAAGCAGAAGUUGAUGUUCGAACCAUAUUUGAAAAGUUUCUUCGUAAGGUUUAAUGACCCUGCACAUGUCAAAUUAUUGAAGCUUGAAAUAUUAACAAACCUAGCCAAUGACGCCAACAUAUCAACAAUCUUGAGAGAAUUUCAGACCUAUGUAUCGAGUUCAGAUAAAGAGUUAGCGGCGGCAACCAUCCAGUCCAUAGGCAGGUGCGCCACCACAAUAUCCGAGAUUACAGACACCUGUCUGAAUGGACUGGUCAAUCUUCUAUCUAAUCGCAAUGAAGCUGUCGUGGGCGAAAGUGUCAUCGUCAUCAAGAAGUUACUUCAGAUGCGACCAUCAGAUCACAAAGACAUUAUCGUACACAUGGCCAAGAUGACUGACCACAUUGCUGUUCCAAUGGCCAAGGCCAGCAUACUCUGGCUGAUUGGUGAAUAUUCAGACAGGGUUCCAAAGAUUGCCCCUGAUGUCCUCAGGAAAAUGGCUAAAAAUUUUGUCGAUGAGGAAGACAUUGUGAAGUUGCAAAUCCUCAACCUGGCAACGAAACUCUAUUUGACCAACCCGAAGCAGACCAAACUGCUCUGCCAGUAUGUCUUCAACCUCGCCAAAUAUGACAUCAACUACGACAUCAGAGACAGAGCUCGUUUCCUCAGACAGCUUGUAUCUUUGAAGGAGGACAAGACAGGGGCAUCCAAGGAGGGAGGACUGCUUGCUAAACAUGCAAAAAAAAUUUUAUUGGCUCCGAAGCCCGUUCCUGUUCUGGAAUCCAGAUUCAAAGACAUGGAUCAUUUCCAGCUGGGCACCCUUUCACACGCUAUCGGAGUAAGGACAUCAGACUACCAGGAACUGCCUGAUUGGCCCGAUGUAGCCCCCGACCCCUCGGUCAGAAACAUCGAACCUGCCCUUCCAUGGUCUGAGAAGAAGAAGUUCAUCAAGAAAAUUGAAAAGAAGGUGAACAAGCCAUUCUUUUCUGAUGAAGAGGAAGACGAAGAUGGCGAUGGAGGUAAAAGUCCAGACUCCUCUUCAGGUAGCGGUGAUGAUUCGUCAGCAACUUCGUCGUCACUUGCCAGUGCGGACGAUUCUGACGAUGAUGAUGAUGACACGAGUGAUGAUUAUGAUUCUGAUGGCAGCGAUAAUGGCGGAAAGAAAAUUAAAAAAGUUAAAACUAACAGAUCUAAAACGAUCGUCCAUAAACACAAAGAGACAAUCGGUGAUGGUAAUGAUAGUAGUAGCAGUGCCACCGAUGAUGAUGAUGAUGAUGAUGGUGACCCGGAUAGCGACAGCGAAGAAAGCAUUGGUCCUUCGUCGUCUUCAGUCCUUAAUCCCUUCCCGAUUCUCACUCCUUCACUCCCGCUUCUUCAAUCAGUCGCUCCAUCUCAACCUCCAACAAAACCCAACUACACUAAUGUUAGUGUUGAUGAAGCUGUUGUUGUUAAUGUUGUUGUUGAAUUUGUUGUGGUCGGUUCAACGCUGGGACCACGACCAGCCAAGGAGCUUUUGAACAGAAUGUCCGGUGCUGGCAUUUCCAUCUACUACUCCUUCUCUCGCACCAUCUCCAUCUUCUGUCCCUCCAUGGUCUCCAUCGAACUGGUCAUCUCCAACGAAGGGGACACUGUCGUUGAGAACAUCAGGAUGGGUGAUAAGAAACUGGGAAGUGGCAUGAGCAUGCAGGACUUUACAGAAAUCGCCAAGCUAGCUCCUGGCAACAAAUCAACGGUCGUCUUGUUGGUCGAUUUCAACGACACCACACAAUCUGCGCAGUUCGAAGUUUGCUGUGGAGAUAAGAAGAAUAAUCUUUCAAUUUCGCCACCUGUCGGCGAAAUUAUCAGGCCGCAUACUGUCAAUGAGAAGGAAUUUUUCACUAUGCAAGGCAAAUUAGGUGGCAUGAACGAAAACUCUUUCACCCUGGCAAACGUCAGUGAAGAUGUCGCGAAGAAUCCGCAACAACUGUGCAACAGAAUUUUCAAAGUGGCAAACAUCCUUCUCGUUCCCUGCCAGAAAGAACACGUCUACCUGUUUGCGGGUAGGACUGCCUCUAGCAAGGCAGACGUCCUGGUCUCCAUAUCUGUGAAGGACCAAUCAAAAGUCAAUGUCAAGGUCAACUGUGAUAAAAUUGUUAUUGGUUCUAUGCUGGCCAAAGAUAUCAAAGAAUCUUUGCUGUCCGACGAUUGA